AUGGUUAGUUUGUGGGCGUGGUACUACCCGGUUGCCCAGGCCGAGGUAGAGGGUUUUCUUGGGGGACCCUACCCGAAGCCUUUGGUUAAAGAACCUAACCCACAAGGCAGUGGGGUGGAGCAGGGAGUCCACGAUCCUCUGGGAGCCGGUGACUGGGGUACCAGUUCAUACGCCUUUCGGAUGCGGCCAGCUAUUCAGGGUACCCUGAUUGCCCUUGAGCCGCGCACUUGCCCUAGUUCCGACGAACCGGAUCGAUCAAACUCCUUGGGCGUAGACUAUUCCGCAUCUCAUGCAAAACAAGGCUCUCACUCGAGUCACAGUCCGAUCUGGCAUCAUUGUGCCGAAUAUGGUCCCCGAUCUACGGCUUUGAGUACACCGAAACUAAAUAAACUUUGUCCGGUUCAUUCGCAACUUUUCUCCGAUAAUACUGGCCGACGCAUAUCUUCAGUCCAAGCGUCUAGUUUGGUACAAGAUCAUCAGUUCUCUCCGGUGUCUCAGUACAUCGGAAACCUGUUGUUACUGAUCAGUUGCCAACACGAAAAGUUCGGGCAUCAAAUACAGAAGCACGUAAAAGAGGCAAUCGGGAACGAGUUAAAUCCUCUCAUCUAUCCUAUUUUGUUCAAUCAACUUCGUGCCCAUGUUGAUGCAUGCUUCUCUGGUCAAGGUCAACAACAGGUCGUUGUCACCGAGACAAAUACGUUGUUUAUCGAAAAUGUGAUAUUUAUCAUGCGCAGUAUUUUGGAUAAACGGACAAAACCGGUGGAUCGGACCAACGGACAUUUAGAGGUUGUGAGCAUUGAAAGUUUGAUGCUCAACAUCGUUCGUUACGUGAGGCACUUGGAAUGCGUUCAUUCGUUGCAAAUCAAAAUCAAAGUUUGUCAACUCGUACAAAAAAUGAUGGCUCGUCGUGAAGAUUUAACAUUUCGGCAGGAAAUGCGCUUCCGAAACAAACUAGUAGACUAUUUGUGUGACUGGGUUAUGGGAAGCAGUUACCACCUGAACUUGACCAGUCCUUCAGGGUAUACAUCUAAUGCCGGUUCGAACGCAACUGGUCCCGUUUCUGGAGUGAAUGUUGCCGUCACUGGACAAUCUGCUAAUACUGCUGGAUCAGUUGGUGUAUAUGGCUCCACCACAGGUUCACACAGUCACCUGGGUCUUGUUGGCCCCGCCGGGAUGAACCUAACCAAUGUGGGCACAUUAUCCACUAACCUUGGUCCUGGAUGUAAUAUUGUGUUUUCCACACCCAAUUCUGGAGCCUCGAACUCGAGUCACAUAGGCACCGCUUCAGGCGGUGGGAAUACCGCGCAGCUAAUUGGGAUCCCAGUAAACGUAGCUACGUUCAGUGCAGUAACUGGCCAAGUACAGCCUCAAUCGGACCCCUCUGGUUCAAUGAAUCCGGGUUCAAAUGUGUGUGAUCAUCCCACCGUAAAUGCCAAUUCGGGGCACAAUUUGACCGGAUACACCAUUCCAGUCGGGGGACAAUUAUCCGCUGGACAUGGACCCACUGCGAAUUUGACCAACACCGGAGCUCCCAGUUUCGUCCUAUUUCUGAACUCAGCCGCCACCAGUGGCAGUGCAUCAACAGAGACCGCUGGUACACAUCAAACAGGUCAUGUAGGGCUUGGAAACUCCCUGCCGGGGGCAGUGCAAAUGGGGGCUCCGAAUGUUGCCCUCAGCGGAAUUCAAACAGCUGUAUCAGGUACAACAACCGGUCAGCUAAUAGGUCUAAGUAGCGCUGUCGGAAAUAUGGGCAAGCUACACACCUUACCCUUAUUAGCCGGGAGUAUUGUAGGUCCCAGUAUUGGCUAUCUAAAUGCACUUUGUCAUGUGCAAGCUAAUUCAUCCUCGACUUCUUCUGGAACCAGUGCGCAAUCCAUUACCGUACAAAGCCUUGCAAGCGGACAAACUGCCGACACGGGGGCAAGCUUCCCAGCUACCGGACUAGCCACACAAACGGUCAUGCAAACACGCGAAUUGGAUUUGGCGUGCAUGGAAGCAGUCGCAGCUCUGUUGCAGGGCAUGCCUCUCCAGCCUGAAGAGGCCGAACGUGGGGAUCUGAUGGACGCGAAAUCCCAUCUUUUUGCCAAGUAUUUCACUUUAUUCAUGAACCUGUUGAAUGAUGUGGCUGACGACCGUGAAAAACGACCGGAGGUGCGCCAGAAUAACACUGCCCUUCGAAACGUAACCGUUCAAGCCAUGUCCAACCUGCUGAACGCAAACAUUGAGUCCGGUUUGGUGCAUUCAAUCGGUCUUGGUUAUCAUCGCGAUCCACAGAGCAGAGCUGCUUUCAUGGAAGUAUUGACCAAAAUAUUGCAGCAAGGCACUGAAUUCGAGACCUUAGCGGAAACAGCGCUUGCUGAACGCUACGAACGCUUGAUCGGUUUGGUUACCAUGGUUGGUGAAAAUGGCGAGCUACCAAUUGCCACUGCUCUAACUCAGGUUGUACAGGGGAGUAAUAUGCUCGAGGCAGCCGAUAACAUGCAAACUUUACUGCGCGGAAAUACCAUGACAAGCAAGAUAAUGAACUUCUGCUUCAAACAAUUUGGCCAAGACUAUCUUCAAUCCACUUUAGGUCCAGCACUAAUGGAGCUAGUUCGUCGUGAUGCUGGUGGUUCUAGUGGGACAGCUGUUGACCUGCAACCUUGGACCGAUCCAUUUCCCGUGGAUUCGUCUUAUAAAGAUAGUUCAGCCUAUCGGGCAGUGCCAAGCUCUGUUGCUGCACGGCCGACUGGUACACGAAUGAGUAAACCCUCGUAUGAAGUUGAUCCACGACGACUGCAACCAGGGGAGUGUUUGGAAGAUAAUCAGCAAAAUUUGAUCUAUGCAACUGAACUACUGUACGACAAACUGAUUUCCUCUGUGAAGAACUUUCCGUCUCGUCUGCGUUGUAUGUGCACCUGUUUGCACAAACUAAUUGGUCAGUUGUGCUACGGAAACAGAGCGGAACAAGCGAACACGGUUCUUUCCACAAUUGUGUUUCUACGAUUCGUCAAUCCGGCUGUAGUUUCACCCUAUGAAAGUGGCUUGUUGGAUUUUGAACCCCCCGCUCGAGUCAAACGGGGCCUAACAUUGGUGGGGAAAAUGAUGCAAAACAUUGCAAACCAGUUACUGUUCACCAAAGAGCCCCAUAUGCGUGUGUUUGAUUCGUUCUUGAAGAAACAUUUUGAUUCCUGUCGUUUAUUCUUUCAAGAGCUUGUCAACGAAACCAAUGAAUAUGAGCCCUUGCCCUUCCCGGAUAUGAACAACAAUAAUGUCCCCUCUGGUGCAGUCAUCCAAUCCUUAGGUCAGACAAACUUUCCCGGAAUAAAGGAUCCACUGAUCGUUUCUCCGGCCCCGGUUUUACUCACUCAUCCGUGGAUUCGCGGGGCGCAUGGUACUUCGACCUCAGCAUUAAGUGUGGUCAAUGAUGGGUCGAGCGUGCUCACUGCUACAGAUGCCAUCAGUCCGGCCUCUGGUUGCACCACAACCGGGGGUGGAGUGACCACAUUUAUUUCGGACGAUCUGAUACAUUCCGUUCAUCGAUUGCUUUGGGUCAAUCAGGGAAAGAUUGGUGACUAUCUGGCGAGUAAUAGGUAA